AUGGAUUUCGCGGCGCACCGUUGGAGCUUUGUACGAUCUUCGCGAUCAGACGCAUUGAUCGUCGCAAGGCGAAGCAGCGUACAUUUACCCCCAGCCUCACUGACUCUAUCAUGCUGGAAGCCAGGCUGUCCCCAGCUCUUAAACUCACUCAUUCAUCUAGAACGUAGAUACCCCUCCGGCAUGAUCCGUACUAGUAGGAUAAACCGCGCUCCCCGAACCUCUGUCUCAAUAGUGAGGCUACAAUUUUACCGAUUGUCCGUCGAAAGUCGCCUCUUCAUCUGCAUACAUCGUUUUGGCAAGGUCCGCGUCAUCGACAAGCAUUGGCAGCUUGGAGACGACGUUCCCAAAUUGGAUCACUUCGAUUUGUUUCGUGUGUUUAGGGCCGUUUGA